AUGGAUGUAGUCAGUCUAACAAAAGCCCUGAUCUCCACAGCAGAGAAAGGGGCUAAUAUCGCCCGCGUCAUUCGAGCAGAGGAAGAACUUCUCUCUCUUUUGGUGGAGGAGAAAUCAGGACAGCAGAAGAAUGACAGAUUUGUCAACGAUUUCAAAACUCUAGCUGAUGUUUUGGUACAGGAAGUGGUGCGGCAUGAUCUGAGUAAACAGUUUCCAGGAAUUGAGCGGAAUUUCCAUGGAGAGGAGAGCAGUAAGUUUACAAACACUAUGGGAGAGUCCAUUCUGGUGGAGGUGAAAGCUACACGUGAAGAGACAUGUGCUCUUUUGGAGACGAUUUUGGACGGUAACAGGAAAGCAGCUGAGCUCUUGUCAGAGGCAGUCCAUGCAGACAUCAACACCUCUACUGAGCUACCCAUCCGCACCGGCCAGCACUGCCUGCCCGUCCACAUGCUGGGCUUGUGGAUAGACCCUAUAGACUCCACUGCUCAGUACAUCAGUGGUGAGAAUGGUUUGACAGGUGAGGACGGACUGACUGAGCACGGCCUCCAGAAUGUCCUGGUCCUCAUUGGUGUGUAUGAUCAGCUGACUGGACAACCGCUCAUCGGGGUGACCAAUCAGCCUUUCCACAAGUACAACCCUGACACAGACAGAUGGGCAGGGCGGAGUGAGUGGGGUGUGUCCAUCGGAAACUUACAAGUAAACUCGUUAAGCCAGCCCGUGGAGGUGCAGUCCACUGUACCCAGGGGCAUUGUCAUGUUGAGCUCGAGUGAGGACCCCCAGGUGGAGGGUGCCCUUAAGGCCGUGUCACAGGUCACAUAUGCCUCAGGGGCUGGGUACAAGAUACUAGUCACGGUGCUAGGCCUUGUAGAUGCUUACGUUAUCAGCAAGAGCACAACUUACAAAUGGGACGUGUGCGGGCCACAUGCUAUCAUGAAGUCACGGGGAGGGGGCGUGGUCCGAUACUCGAAGGCCACACAGUUGUUCAAGGAAAAGGCAGGGCAGCUGACUGAAUCCGACCUGUGUGAGCUUCAGGUCAGGUAUGCCACACCCGACAAGGUCAACGCUCAGGGAGCAAAGAUGUGGUGUAAUGAAGGAGGCAUCAUAGUGUACUCAGAGAAGACUUUCUUGUUGAAAUUAUUAGAGAAAUUGUCAGCUCUCUGAUCUCUGAACUAUGGUAGGAAGUUUGGGGUUUUUUUUUUUUUUUAGCACAGGGCCCACUUGCAAGAAGUUGCCUUGGCCACAUAAUGUCUGAAGUGCUAGUUGACAUGGCAGUCAGUUGCAUAUUACAUGGAGAGGGCCUAGUGCAAGUGGACCCUCGUCUUGGACCUGAAAUAGUGAUCAACUUCUAAUGAACCCCUUAGAUAUUACUGUGAAUGACAAAACAUUUUGUCAGUGACGAGGCUACUCAUUUUUCCUGAUUGUGGAAGUUCUGUUGCUGUUAGACAGGUCUGUGCUAUAGUAUCCAUACUAUAUCCUGGGAUGGAUGUAUUGAACUUUGUUUGGAAGGUAGCAUGAUAUUCUAGUGCGAAAAGAUUUCAGCUCCAAAAGUAAUAUUUUAUGACCAUUAUUAGCUUCUAAAUAUACAUUUUUGGACAAAAUUUUGCCUCGUUCACAGUACAAAGCUUGCACAAAGAAACCACCCCUGAUGCUCAGUAACAGUCACAAUGAAUGCAGUGAAUCCUGGGAUACACUUUCCAAGUCCCAGGUUGACACUUUAGGGCAUUUUCCAUAGCUGGGUUAGGUUACCCUAAAAAUGCAUUUUGAAAGCAAAGAAAUGUCAUAAUUCCAGCCCUAUAGGCAAAGGGAAAAUACGUUGCUGGUAUACCUGCCAUUUGAUGAAAAAUCGUGAAAAAUUCUGCAUCGAAUUUCAAACCUGAUCUCCACUAAUACCAAACAGGCUGCAUGGUCCUUAGCCCAGAGCCAACCUGUGUACAAAAUGUCAUCCAAAACCUGAUAUGACAUUUUUCUGUAAAAUUGUUUCAAUACUGACACACAAUGCAUGGUCCUUAGCCCAGAGCCAUCCUGUAUGCAAACCUCAUCCAAAACCUGGUAUGAUAUUUUUCUGUAAAAUUGUUUCCAUACUGACACACAAUGCAUGGUCCUUAGCCCGGAGCCAUCCUGUGUACAAAACUUCAUCCAAAACCUGAUAUGACAUUUUUCUGUAAAAUUGUUUCAAUACUGACACACAAUGCAUGGUCCUUAGCCCAGAGCCAUCCUGUGUACAAAACUUCAUCCAAAACCUGGUAUGACAUUUUUCUGUAAAAUUGUUUCCAUACUGACACACAAUGCACGGUCCUUAGCCCAGAGCCAUCCUGUGUACAAAACUUCAUCCAAAACCUGGUAUGACAUUUUUCUGUAAAAUUGUUUCCAUACUGACACACAAUGCACGGUCCUUAGCCCGGAGCCAUCCUGUGUACAAAACUUCAUCCAAAACCUGGCAUGACAUUUUUCUGUAAAAUUGUUUCCAUACUGACAUACAAUGCAUGGUCCUUAGCCCAGAGCCAUCCUGUGUACAAAACUUCAUCCAAAACCUUGUAUGACAUUUUUCUGUAAAAUUGUUUCCAUACUAACACACAAUGCAUGGUCCUUAGCCCAGAGCCAUCCUGUGUACAAAACUUCAUCCAAAACCUUGUAUGACAUUUUUCUGUAAAAUUGUUUCCAUACUGACACACAAUGCAUGGUCCUUAGCCCAGAGCCAUCCUGUGUACAAAACUUCAUCCAAAACCUGGUAUGACAUUUUUCUGUAAAAUUGUUUCCAUACUGACACACAAUGCAUGGUCCUUAGCCCAGAGCCAUCCUGUGUACAAAACUUCAUCCAAAACCUGGUAUGACAUUUUUCUGUAAAAUUGUUUCCAUACUGACACACAAUGCAUGGUCCUUAGCCCAGAGCCAUCCUGUGUACAAAACUUCAUCCAAAACCUGGUAUGACAUUUUUCUGUAAAAUUGUUUCCAUACUGACACACAAUGCAUGGUCCUUAGCCCGGAGCCAUCCUGUGUACAAAACUUCAUCCAAAACCUUGUAUGACAUUUUUCUGUAAAAUUGUUUCCAUUCUGACACACAAUGCAUGGUCCUUAGCCCAGAGCCAUCCUGUGUACAAAACUUCAUCCAAAACCUGGUAUGACAUUUUUCUGUAAAAUUGUUUCCAUACUGACACACAAUGCAUGGUCCUUAGCCCAGAGCCAUCCUGUGUACAAACUUCAUCCAAAACCUGGUAUGACAUUUUUCUGUAAAAUUGUUUCCAGACUUGACACACAAAUGCCGGAAAAAACAUCAUUUAUUUAGUUGCAUAUACGUUUUCCAGAAGACCAAGUACUUGUCAAGAGUUUCUUUUUUUCCUUAAUUGUAAAUGGCCUGUUUUAGAUGAUGCCUUUUGUGAUAAGGUACAAAAUGCAUAGACACUGGUCAUAUUUUCAUGAAACAUGACAACAGUUUGUUUUUCGAAAGGGAGUUUGGGUUAAGGGCAGUAAGGAAACCUAAUUUAUCCAUCAGCAAAAUGCUGACAAUACAUUAAAAAUGACCAUGAUUGUCGAAUAAUAUGCUCAGGAUUGAGAUGACUUUAUUUUGGACUGCAGUGUUUCCAUAGUGACCAGUAUUGUAAUGUCCUGACACAUGUAUCUUACCCCAUUUUGCUGCUUUGUUUGAUUCUACCUGCCCAUCACACUGUAUUGGUGGAGGUGCCAUCUGGUGGCAGGGGCCAGAUAAUGCAUGAUUCAAACAGCUGUGUUGCGUCACAGAGGUGUCACUAUUCACUCACAGUUAUUAUUUGUUUUUAACUUUUUGUAAACAAGUUGUGCAAUAACUGAGUCUUCAUCAGUGGGAAUUUUAUACAUGUACAUGUAUGUGAAAGCUGAAUAGGUGAGGUUCAUUUAUUUUGUACGCAAAUAAUUUGCUUUUUAGGACGCAAGUUGUGGGUUCAAACCCAGCCUUGGACAGGGAAUUGUAGAUUCCCUCGCUCUUAAUGUUCAUGGUGCCUUUGUUGCAAUAAGCAGUCAUGUUAAGCAGAUAGACAUGUUAUCAACACUUGUGUAAUUUGUCGGAGGAAAAGAGAAAAAAAAGCUUUUUUGUUCCUUUUUUUUUGUGCUAUUACUUUUUAAAACAUAUAUGUUUUGCCUGAGAAGAGCUCAUAUUGUUUGUUCUAUUGAUGUUGGACCUAAUAUUUAUCAAGCAAUACAUUUUUAUUCCUGGUGAUACACAUAACUGAUGUAGCAAGUUAAUUCUGCUGUUUAUAUUUGAGUAGUAAAAGCUGAUUUUGUACUUCUGCACCUGGGUUUUUCCCCUGUAUUGUUAAUGAGCCAAUUUGUCAAGUUCAUUUUCUCUUUAACUGCAUGUAUUAUCUGAGGAUAAUUUUCAACAGAUUUGAAUGUUGUUGAGGUGAGGAUGUUUAAAAUUCAACGUUAUUGUGUUACUACAUGGCAUUUAAACAGUGACGAUUUGUCUGUUGUCUAAUGGUUUUGUGAGAUAGACUGUUGAUGAAAGCUGAGAUAAAGCUAACAUGUAUGUUGAUGUUUGGGCAUGAUUUACUGUUGCAAAUUGUUGUUACAAAACCUCAGGAUUUUACAAUCAUUGCAAUAUUUGAUUUUAACAAAAAAAUCCAAUCAUAUGGUGAACUUGGCCAUUAUGUACCACUCAAGUUACAUCGCUAUUUUUCUUGCAUACUAUAUUAAUAUGGAGUUUAUAUUUGCUAAAUAUGGUUUCAUCUAGAACAAUUGGAUUAUAAAAGAACCUGGUUGCAUUUUAUUUUAAAAUUGUAGCCAAAUUUAUGUCUUUUAGAGUGUGAUGCAGUUUUGAUGUCCAACUGUACAUCGAGGGGAUGUUAUCAGAUUGUUAAAUUAGAUUUCACAUGUAAAUUUAUGCAUAGUAUCGGAACAAUAAAGUUUGGGUUGUAUUUAUCAUACCACAUAUUUCAACACUGCAUAAUAGUUUUGCACAUACACCACUAUCUAGUGACAGUUAUUAGGGAGAGUCUGUAGGGCAUGACAUAAAUGCCUGCAGCUGAACAAAGUAUUUCAUGCAGUAUUUUUUUUUAACAAUAUUAGCAGUAAUGCUUAGCAAGAAUUGACAAUAUUUGCAUGUUAGUUAGCAUGGUGUAUCCAUUAUUAAUCAGGAUAAUAGUACACAUGCAUGAUAUUACAGUUGUUUUUGUCUUAUGUGGUUUCGGGCAUUUUUUCAAGCCCAUGCUUUAAGUAUAGUAGCCUGGAGUUC